AUGCCCCUGCUGAGGCUGGGAGCUGUGCCCCAAUGCCAGUCUGUGUUGGGUGUGGGCAUGCCCCUGCUGAGGCUGGGAGCUGUGCCCCAAUGCCAGUCUGCGUUGGCUGUGAAGCUGCCGGCCCCUGAGAAGAGUUCCUGGGGAGGCACCGAGCGGCCGGGCGGGUGCCAGCAGCGCAGGGUGGACUCUGCCGGCCCUGUGCCCCUCCCUUCCCCUGGGCCCUGUGGGGGCAUCUUCGAUGCUGUCAGGAGCGGAGGCGAUGAGGGGCUGCUGGAGAGCCUGGCCCAGCCUCCUCUGCCUUUGGGGGUAGCAGGCUGGCACUCGAGUCUGGCUCUGGUGUGCACUGGCUGCCUGGCGGUGCACAUUGGAGAGAGCAGGUGUGGGCUGGGCCUGGCCAGGAAGCUGGGCUCUCAGGUGGCCUUCCUGGGACCUGACUGGGUGGUGCACAUCCAGGGACCUUCGGGCCGACCAGGGGCUGCAGAGAUAGCCUUCUCCUCUCUCUCAUGUGCCUGUGGCCAGACAGGAGAGAGGCCGGCCAGCCCCGCCCUGUGGUGGGUGAAUGGCAAAGGGGGCGAGGUGAAGUGGAGCUUCGGGGAGCUGGGCAUCCUGUCCCGAAAGGCCGCCAACGUGCUCACCCAGCCUUGCGGCCUUGCGAGAGGCGACCGAGUGGCGGUCAUUCUGCCCCGAGUCCCGGAGUGGUGGCUGGUCAACGUGGCUUGUAUGCGAACAGGGCUUGUCUUCAUGCCGGGCACCACGCAGCUGACCGCCAAGGACAUCCUCUACCGGCUGCGGGCCUCCAAGGCCAAGGGCCUGGUGGCCAGUGAGGAGGUGGCCCCAGCAGUGGAGUCCAUCGUGUCCGAAUGUCCUGACUUGAAGACCAAGCUCCUGGUGUCUCCGCGCAGCCGGCCGGGGUGGCUCAGCUUCCAGGAGUUAUUUCAAUGCGCUUCCGCAGAGCACAGCCGUGUGGAGACGGGCAGCCGGGAGCCGGCGGCCAUCUACUUCACCAGCGGGACCUCGGGCUCGCCCAAGAUGGCCCAGCACUCCCACAGCAGCCUGGGCAUCGGGUACACUCUCUGUGGAAGGUACUGGCUGGACCUGGAGUCCUCGGAUACCAUAUGGAACAUGUCCGACACUGGCUGGAUCAAGGCCGCCAUUGGCAGCGUGUUCUCUCCCUGGCUGCAGGGAGCCUGUGUCUUUGUGCAUCAGAUGGCCCAGUUUGACACUGACACCUUCCUAGAUACGCUCACCACUUACCCCAUCACCACCUUGUGCUGCGCGCCCACUGUGUACCGGAUGCUCGUGCAGAAAGACCUUAAGAGGUACAAAUUCCUGAAGCUGCGGCACUGCUUGACGGGAGGGGAGCCCCUCAACGCAGAGGUGCGGGAGCAGUGGAAGAGGCAGACGGGGCUGGACCUGCACGAGGGCUACGGACAGACGGAAGUGGGCAUCAUUUGUGCCAAUCUGAAAGGACAGGAAAUUAAACCGGGCUCGAUGGGGAAGGGAGUCCUGCCCUAUGAUGUCCAGAUUAUAGAUGAAAAUGGCAACAUCCUGCCAACUGGCCAGGAAGGAGACAUUGCCCUCGCACUGAAGCAUACCCGGCCCUUCUCUUUCUUCUCAGAAUAUGUGGACAAUCCAGGGAAAACUGCCGCCACGAUAAGAGGGAAUUUUUAUGUCACUGGAGACAGAGGCGUGAUGGACAGCGACGGGUACUUCUGGUUUGUUGGCAGAGCUGAUGACGUCAUCAUAUCCUCCGGGUACCGCAUCGGGCCCUUCGAAGUGGAGAGCGCGCUGAUUGAGCACCCAGCAGUUGUGGAGUCGGCCGUGGUCAGCAGUCCAGACCCCAUCAGGGGAGAGGUAGUGAAAGCUUUUGUUGUCUUAUCUGUGCCCUUCAAAUCAUCUGACCCAGAGAAAUUAACUCUUGAACUUCAAGAGCAUGUGAAAAAAAUAACCGCACCGUACAAAUAUCCAAGAAAGGUGGAGUUUGUUGAACAGCUCCCGAAGACCAUCACGGGGAAAAUCAAGCGCAAUGUCUUAAGAGACCAGGAGUGGGGACGGACAUAGCCGGAUGGAGGGAGCGUGAAGUACCGACAGGGCGGCUUUCUGUUUCCUGAUGGUUCAGUGACAACUCUCUUAUGCGUAAGAUUUUUCCUGAGUCUGUGUUUUGUAGUUAGUCAAAAAAUAAAUAAAAAUCUAAAUAUUGGAAGAAUAUUGUUAUGAUAACUAAACCGACACAGGCAAUGAUUAUGACUUAUAGUGUUUAAAAUUGCAGGGCUCAAAUGAUUGCUUGGAAAUACACAGUGGACAAUGAAUUUAUUUUGUGCCUGAUUAAACAAAAAUAAAGAUUAGAAGUAUUCAAAGAGAAAUGUUCAAGACAGAAUUCUGCUUAACAUUUUUAUAUAUUAUUAAUUCUUUAAGAGGGAUUAAAACAUUAAUGUUUAAGUGAGAAAUAAACAUGUAAUUCAAAAGCCAGUAAGUAAAUUUAAUUAAGUACUAUAUUACUAGUUAUCAUUCUGAAGCAAAUUCACUAUAAAGUAUCUGAAAC